CUCAGUCCCGUGGGCCCCGUGCACCCAGUUCUCUGUGUAAGUUUGCCCUGGACACUCAGUUGGACCUCACUCCAUCUGUAAGAAUUCGGAGGGAUCAGGAAAAACUCCCCAGAACAGGAGACUUUUAGGCAAGAUCUGAAAAGAUUGGGUAGAAUCACACCGAGGAGAAAAGUCAUUCCCAGCUGAGGAAGCGUAUACCGGCCAUGCCAGGGGCCUAUGAGCAAGGAGCAGGUGGGGCUGGAGAAUGAGGUCCGGGUGGGGCUGAUCUCCGACUCACAGAGUCACCUAGGAUCUUAAGGAGAUGAUGUGGCUAGGAGCAGGUGUGCUGGGGAGGCAGAGACCAGGGAGGACAUGAGGUUCCCAGUAAUUGCUGGGAAGGCUGAAUCACUGGAAUGCUGCGUCCCUGCGAUGACACCACGUCAGAGGGAGCAGGACAGAAAGUGGUGCUGUCUCCUGGACUCUGACCUUCUCUUCUGCCAUGAGGUGGGGUUGCCGACUGCCCAGGGCCUCUUGGGCCUCUGGUCUGGGAAGAGGCCCCCGGCUUCCAGAUGAACGUGCCCCCUUUCUGGCCUACUGGAGUUGGCCUCUUAAGGAAGAAUGUUCCCUUGGGCCCUGUAGGGCCUUCAUACGCCACCACGGAAGCUCAGCGGACAGUGCUCCCCCACCAGGGAGGCAUGGGCAGCUGUUCCGGGGCGUCGCUGCGACUGAAGCCAUCGAGCGGCACCGCCGGAACCUGGCCGAGUGGUUCAUCCGGCUGCCCCGAGAGGAGCGGCAGUUCGGCCCAACUUUUGCACUAGACACGGUCCAUGUGGACCCUGUGAUCCGUGAGAGCAGCCCUGAUGCGCUGCUUCGCCCCUCCGCAGAGCUGGCUUUGGAACAUCAGCUGCCCCAGCCGGGGCCGGCCCCACUCGCCCUGUCUCAGCUCUUUGGGCCGGAUGCCUGUGGGCGCCCGGUGCAGACCGUGGUGCUUUAUGGGACAGUGGGCACAGGCAAGAGCACGCUGGUGCGCAAGAUGGUCCUGGACUGGUGCCACGGGCAGCUGCCCGCCUUUGAGCUGCUCAUCCCCUUCUCCUGUGAGGACCUGUCAUCCCUGGGACCCACCCCAGCCUCCCUGUGCCAGCUGGUGGCCCAGCGCUACACGCCUCUGAAGGAGGUUCUGCCGCUGAUGGCUGUGGCUGGGCCCCGGCUGCUGUUCGUGCUCCAUGGCUUGGAGAGGCUCAACCUGGACUUCCGGUUGUCAGGCACAGGGCUUUGCAGUGAUCCCGAGGUGCCGCAUGCAUCGGCUGCCAUCAUUGUCAACCUGCUGCGCAAAUACAUGCUGCCUGAGGCCAGCAUUCUGGUGACCACGCGGCCCUCCGCCAUCGGCCGCAUCCCCAGCAAGUACGUGGGCCGCUACGGCGAGAUCUGCGGCUUCUCGGACACCAACCUGCAGAAGCUCUACUUCCAGCUCCGCCUCAACCAGCCAGACUGUGGGCAUGGCGCCCGGGACGCGGGCAUGGUGGCCACCUCGGCCCAGCGAGAAAACCUGGUGCAGAUGCUGUCCCGGAACCUGGAGGGGCACCACCAGAUCGCCACCGCCUGCUUCCUGCCCUCCUACUGCUGGCUCGUCUGUGCCACCUUGCACUUCCUCCAUGGCCCCACACCGGCUGGCCAGACCCUCACGAGCAUCUACACCAGCUUCCUGCGCCUCAACUUCAGCGGGGAGAUGCUGGACAGCACGGACCCCUCCAAGGUGUCUCUGAUGGCCUAUGCGGCACGGACCCUGGGCAAGCUGGCCCACAAGGGGGUGACCUCUCGAAAGACCUCCUUCUCCGAGGAGGAUGUCCGGGGCUGCCUGGAGGCCGGCAUCAAGACGGAAGAAGAGGUCCAGCUGCUGCAGGUCUUCCGCCGUGAUGCCCUGCGGUUUUUCCUGGCUCCGAGCGUAGAGCCGGGGCGCCCGGGCGCCUUCGUCUUCACCGUGCCCGCCAUGCAGGAAUACUUGGCAGCUCUCUACAUCGUGCUCGGUUUGCAUAAGACGACCCUGCAGCAGGUGGGCAAGGACGUGGCCGAGCUUGUGGGUCGCGUCGGAGAGGACGUCAGCUUGGUGCUGGGCAGUGUGACCAAGCUGCUGCCCCUGCGGGUCCUCCCUCUGCUCUUCAACCUCCUCAAGGUGGUCCCGAGAGUGUUUGGCCGUAUGGUGGGUAAGAGCCGGGAGGCUGUGGCCCAGGCGAUGGUGCUGGAAAUGUUCCGGGAGGAGGACUACUACAACGACGAUGUUCUGGACCAGAUGGGCGCCAGCAUCCUGGGCAUGGAGGGCCCCCGGCGGCACCCAGAUGAGCCCUCAGAUGACGAAGUCUUCGAGCUCUUCCCCAUGUUCAUGGGGGGCCUUCUGUCUGCCCACAACCGGGCCGUGCUGGCUCAGCUUGGCUGCCCCAUCAAAAACCUGGAUGUCUUGGAGAAUGCUCAGGCCAUCAAGAAGAAGCUGGGCAGUCAGGGCCGCCAAGUGCUGCCCCCCUCGGAGCUCCUUGAUUACCUCUUCUUCCACUAUGAGUUCCAGAACCAGAGCUUCUCCGCCGAGAUGCUCCGUUCCCUGCGCCAGCUCAACCUGUCCGGCGUGCGCAUGACGCCCCUCAAGUGCACCGUGGUAGCGGCCGUGCUGGGCAGCGGAAGGCAUGCCCUGGAUGAGGUGAACUUGGCGUCCUGCCAGCUGGACCCCGCGGGGCUGCGCACACUCCGGCCUGUCCUGCUGCGUGCCCGGAAGCUGGGCUUGCAGCUCAACAGCCUGGGCCCCGAGGCCUGCAGGGACAUCCGAGACCUGCUGCUGCAUGACCAGUGUCAGAUUACCACCCUGCGGCUGUCCAACAACCCGCUGACGGCCACAGGUGUGGCCUUGCUGGCUGAGGGACUGGUGGGAAACACCUCGCUGACACACCUGUCCCUGCUGCACACCGGUUUGGGGGACGAGGGCCUGGAGCUGCUGGCGGCCCAGCUGAGCCACAACAAGCAGCUGCAGGAGCUGAACGUGGCCUACAAUGGUGCCAGUGACGCUGCGGCCCUGGCUCUGGCCCAUGCUGCCAAGGAGCACCCUUCCCUGGAGUUGCUGCACCUCUACUUCAAUGAGCUGAGCUCGGAAGGCCGCCAGGUGCUGCGGGACUUAGGGAGCACGGCUGAAGGUGGUGCCCGGGUUGUGGCAUCACUGACCGAGGGGACAGCAGUGUCUGAGUACUGGUCGGUGAUCCUCGGGGAUGUCCAGCGGAACUUCAACAGCUGGGACCGGGCCCGGGUCCGGCGCCACCUGGAACUCCUGCUGCUGGACCUGGAAGACAGCCGGGGUGCCACCCUUAAUCCCUGGCGCAAGGCCCAGAUGCUUCGCGUGGAGGGCGAGGUCAAGGCUCUCCUGGAGCAGCUGGGCAGCCCUGGAGACUGAGACAGUGGCUGCAGCCACCUGCUUAUGUGACCACUGGCCCUCAAAACCUUUUCUUCUGGUGGCCUCCUGACUUGCACUGCUUCUUCUAGAAUGAGCUUUGGAGGACUGGCGGCAGAAUAAUAGGCACAGCUGUGCCAGUUGCCCUCAUAGGGCAUUCCCACCAGUGUCCCCAACCCUGCAAAUAUCAGGGUCCACACUGGGGCACCCAGUGCUUGUAGAGGGAGCACACCUCCUCUCCCAUCGACUGGAAGGACUGAAGCACUUGACAGGGUGGUGGCCAAAGACUCCGAGAGUAUUGUGCCCAACUUUGCCUCUCCCAGGGCCCCUCUCGUCAUGCCACCAAGGUGACAUAGGUCUUAUGUCCCUCGUGCCAAGGGUGCUGCAAUCAGAGGAUGCUUUAGCGGCUGAAACACCCCACUGCCAGACCCAGCCUAAGGCCCCUUUCCUCUCACGUGGGUGCUGUCUCCUCCCCCGGGAUCCCCUUCCCUACGACGGUGUCCUGCCUGGCUGCCAUUAAAAAGCCAUACGCUGUAGCUUCUUCCAUA